GUGUCAGUGUGUGUCGAUCACUGAGCUCAGAGCUGCAGUCCAGACCAAAAAAAAAAAAAAAAAAAAAAAAGUGAAGAACCAACAGACCAGAGGAGGAUCCAUCUGUGGACCUGCUGAUCUGUUCAUUUAUUGAUCUGUUGAUCUGCUGCCAGACGAUCAGAAGCUGCUGCUGUUGGAUCCACAGACUUGAAGGCCUGUGAGCACCGCCGGGUUUCUGCUUCACAUCAGCCUGAAACAUCCUGAGUCACUCCUGCAGGGCGCCACCAUGCCGCUCAAGACCGCCACCUACCUGAAGUCGGCCACGCUGCGUUUGUCCCGCAAGCCGAAGCGCCGCGACCUCCUGAUCAGCCUGCCACUGGGCGACUUCCGCCACCUGUCCCACAUCGGCCUGGACGCCCGGGGCGACGCCUUCGGGGACCUGUCGGCCUUCCAGCGUAGCGGCAGCCUCGUCCUGCACGGCUCCCAGAGCCACCAGGACCUUUUCCGCUCUGUGACCUCUGACCUCACGUCGGCAGCUCCGCCCAAACCGCCCAGACUGUUUGACCCAGAGGGAACAGAGUCGCCGAGGAGCUCCACCCCAACCACCGGGCACAAGAAGUGCCAGUCGCUGCCCCUGCUGGACGCCACAGAGCACAGGGAGAAGGCUCCUCAGGUUCAGGAGGAGGUUCAAGUGCAGGAGGAGAAGAAGAAUGAGGUGGAGGAGGAAGAAGGGCUGAGGAUGAGGACAGAGAUUUCAGAGCGGGACGUUUCCUCAGAUGUGGCUCCAGCGGCGGUGGAGGAGGAGCCAUGCUUCACGUUGAACCUGGACCUCGGGCCGUCCAUCCUGGAGGAGGUGCUGCAGGUGAUGGACAGGAACCAGCAGUGAGGAGCCGGGAUGCUCCUCCUCUUCUGCACAAGCAGAAAACUCUCUGAACUGUAAACUCCUGUGAGACUCCAGGUUGUUGGAGGGUUUUGAGUGAAGGAACUGCAGAACCUUAAACAGUACCUGUGUUCACCUGCCGACUCUGUGGAGCAGCAGCUGGCAGACUGACAGAGCUCCUGCUGGACAGAAGUCGGGCCAAAGCAGAUCCAGACUCCGGUCCAAACGACUGCUCAGCGAGCCGCUAACGUCAGCUCCUCACUCUGUGACUUGAUAUAAACUCAGAGGUUCUGCGCAUGUGGUUCUAUAGGGUUCUGUACAUGUGGUGCAUUGUUACUAGGACAAGAAAAUCCAUCCCUUUCAUCCAUGACGCAGCGGACAGCUGGAUCACCUGCAGGUGACCCCCGUCACCCCCGAAAGACCAACAAAGAAGAAGUCAGUCACAGUUGGAUGGACCAAUCACACGGAGCCGCCGGAGCCCCGGGGUCCAGUCGGACUCCGGCACUCCCUGCUCCUUUUAAGCUAGCUAACGUUAGUAAACGUUGUGUUAAGUUUGCUAACCUCAGCCAUCACCUUUUCCUAAAAGGAAAACAGGUAGCUAACGAAAGCUAAGCUAACGGAAGCUAGCAAAAAAAACGUUUGAUCAG